AUGGACGACUCCAUUGACCUUGAUAAUCCUAAUGACUACAAGAAGAUCGAUGAGCUGGCAGCUCAAGGCCUCCUGGAUCGCGAUGCUGUAUUAUACAAGCUGACCCGGAGAAUCUGCAAGUUUGGCGUGAUCGAUUCAGAAACAGAGUUGCCACACCUCCGCAGGACCUUUGAUUCUCUGGCGACGGAGGGAAAUGGCACCAGGACACUCACUCAGUCUGCAUUCCUCUCCUUCCUGGAGACCACUGGCUUUCUUCCUCCAUCCAUGAGGGACGCAGGUGCUCUCGUUUAUCGCAGUCUUCUAUACCUGUCCCAAUAUCCAUUUCAUCAACCAGUUCCCGUUUCCCUCACCUACAUGGGGCUUAUUCGUGCGCUAGGAUGGACCAUGGCCUGGCGGACCAGGCCGGUCCACGAAGGAAGCAAAUGGAGUCGGACCCGAUCACCGGCAGAUACCAGAAGACAGCUUUUCCAGAGCUUUGCAACAGCCCGAGAUGGCAAGUCUAUUCCGUUUGAUGUGGAAUACGCCAAGGCCCAGGCACAGCGAAGAGCUUUUGACUUUGACUGUGCUAGUCAUGACCGGGAUACCUGUAAAUACCCUAAGACUAACUAUGAUGAGCACGGAGAUGAGAUGUUCCACGACAUCCUUGAUGCGUUGUUCAAUAUUCAGCCCCAAAUCAUUUGGCUGCUGCCACCUGCUCGAGAUUGUUUCCGGGCGACAGCGAGGAGGCUGGCCGGAGAUGAACGCCUUCAUGAUCUAAGCAUCCCCCAAAACCAGUUUCGAGCGGUUGUAAAGUUGCUAGUGGCGGCAUCCAUUCGAGAACCAACUGUGCCAAUUGAGGAGCUGGUUGGCCUGGACCAUGUUGUCGAUUGUAUGGUCCACCCUGCUAUUCAAAGACCUGAUAUUGGAAUUACCUGGGAUAUGUAUGACCGGGCGGCUCGUGGUGGGAUGCCGAUGCUUGUGGAUAGUCUAACGUGCCUCUUGGCCCCGCUCUACAAAGAUCCCGAGGAUAAAGACUACCCUUUGAACAUUCCACGACCAGGAAGAGUAGCCACCUUACCCAUCUUUUCACAGAUGGGGUCGCUUGGUAUAUUCGGAAUCAGUCAAGACCUUCAAGAAUACAAGUACUACGACUUGAGGACUACAUCUGUCACGGCCUCUACCAUAGCAGAUGACCUAGAUGCCUUUCCUAAGGCUGAGAUUAUCCUCCUUCUUUCUGGGAAGGACGCACAAACAGGAAAGAAAACCAUUUUUGGCUACUACAUACCUCUUCUUGAACUCAGAGGCGCACCGUUCCUAUUCCAACUUAGCAAUACUUCGGAUAGUUUUCGUGGAAAUGGCCCCCGACCAGGCCAUGAGUUGGAUGGAGGCGAGCUUAUUAUCGGACAAAGAGGAAAUGGUGCUGCACUGAUGUUACGGCAGGAUUCGAAGAGGGCAAUUGUAUCCCACAAUGUGUGUGAUCAAUUUGAACCAAUGUAUGCUGCUAAUAUAUGGCGGGGAGACUGGCAAAUUGAAUUUGAUGUGGAGGAGAUCGAACUUUGGUUGUUACCCGAAGAAGAGGAAGAGGGGGAUGAAGAGGAAAAUGACGAGGAAAAGGACGAGGGCGACGAAGAGGGCGAAAGCCAGUGA